GGGAUCUAUUAUUAAUUGUCGUCUGCGGAUAAACACUUCGUCGUGAAGAUACCACGUGCGUUAUGUAAUGACGAAGGAGCAAAAUACAGUAAAUGUGCGUUCGAGUGAAGCUUCUACAGAUUACGAAAAUAAAAGGAAAAUGACAUUCCUGAAUCUAUUGUUAUUCUCACUAUCUCCAUUUUUUGGAAAGGCGGAUUAUCCGCAGGUACACGAUGUUGCAUACCAAAUGACGAAAGUCAUAGUGGGGAACGUCAAAUAUAAAUUCGAAAGCUGUGCCCGUCUCAGUUUUCCGUUUUACUCUGUGCGAAGAACUACACAAUGGAUUACUCUCCGACAUCACCAUUCAUUCGGAGAUCGUACUUGAUUAUCCUUGCGAUCGCUGUAAGCACUGGCAAUGCAAAAUCGAGCUCUUGCUGUCCUUGUCGGCUUGUCGCCGAUUGUCCGAGCGUAGUUCAGGUCACUUACUGGGGUGGCUUGCCCGUACUUUCGCCUUGCAAAUCUCCAGAAAUGAUUAGGUGUUGCGUCGCUCUGCGGCGCGCGUCCGCACAUGAUCCCUGUAAGGACGCAAAGGAUUUUAAGGAGUACGACGAAUAUGACGAUCCAGAGUCAGCCACGACUGUCGUCGGUCCUCAGCCGUUAGUGCUGUCGGAGGAUUCUAUAACAAAAAUGAACAAUCCUGCGGAAGAAAGUACGCCUGUAACGUUCUUAUACCCGGCAUCCAUAAAGACCACCGAGCAUUCGUCUUUUCCCGCAGGGAAUACGGAUUACAAAGCGCAGUCUGCAGUAGAGAGUAACGACGAGAGCGAAGAGUCUCUUUCAGAUCCCCGACAACUAAUUGACGAGGCUACAAGUUUCGCAAGCACGACGACGAUAAAUCGGAGAAGCCAUCAUCGGCGGACGAGAGGCUUGCGUCCAACGGCAAAUGCCGAAAUAAAGACAGAUAACGAUACGUGGAACGUCGUAAACCUUGAUAUUAAUAAUCGCGAUGUCACGGAGAUACCGUCGGAAUUCGGCGUAAGUGUCAAUUGGACGGGCACCCAUCACGGGAAGAGAUCGAUGGUCUCAUCACCGCCGAAGGAUCUCCCCGCGACGCUAGCGGAUUCCUUCGAGCAGAAAACAUCGUCAGAGACAUUUCUCGCGCUCGAUCGCAUUUCCACUCAGUCGAUCGAUAAAAACACAGCGACGGCGAACGGCGUGCCCGGAGCACCGAGGAGUUACGGCGACGCGGUAUUUACCGCCGUGAAAAUGGGUCUGCCGUAUUUUUCGGCGGGCGACGCGCGGGGGGAAAACGAUGAGCAAGAACACGCGCGGAAAUGUGUCGACCGCGCGCAAAAUGAGUCGCGGCAAAAGCCGAGUAAGGAUCGCCGUGAGAGUAUCUCGUCCGUGGGGAGUAUUACGUCAGUGAGGCGAAGGAGCGAUCCUCUUCAAGCGGUGAAGCGCGUUAAACGAUUGUCCGUGUCCGUCGCACCGUCAGCGUUGCGAAAAAAUAACUCAAAAACAAACAACACUGAGCACCCUGAAAAGAACAAAAACGUUAGAAACAUGGAAAAAGCAGAAUACAAAAAUAAAACCAUUGAAAAACAAGCGCAAACUGUGCAACCAUUAUUGCCAUUCCCGUCACCUGAGCUGAAGAUUAAAGCGGACGGAAAGGGAUCAUCCACCGAUGUGAAUGCUACUGUCGAAACGACCACUCUCGCGGUUCCAGCGUCGAGAAUCAGAUUCCCACCUAAAGUUUUGAAGCCCAUGAAGUUCAUACCGCGUGAAAGGGAGCACAAGUCUGCGAACGGCACGAAAUUCGAGUUCAAGGAAUACCUCACGGGAUAUUUCCACCGUUUUUACGAAGCGAGAAAACAGCUUCGAUCGAUAAUCGAGGAAAAAGCGAAAUGCGAACGGAGAAAGACUCACAGACCGACCUUGGUAUACUGGAAAAAGGAUGAGACAUCAAAGCAGAAUGCAACUCUGAAAAAUGAGACGGAAAAUUAUCCAUCAAAUACUAAGCCGGUUAGUGUCAGCAAAGUUAAUAAUUCUAUCGAUUCCGGUAGCAAGACUUCAUCCGUCUCGAAUUCUAAGACGUUGGAAAACAAAAUUCUUGCGUCAAGUACUGAAACGUUUAACGUCAGUGAAAUUAAUUCUAUCGAUUUUAAUGGCAAGAACUUAUCCGCCUCAAAUUCUCCAAAAUCACAGGAAGAAAUCCUCGCAUCAACCAUCAAAACCUCGAAUAUCAGUGAAAUUAAUAAUUCCACCAAUUCCCUCGAUAGAAACAAUUCGCCUACCUCGAAUUCCUCGAGGACGAAUUCACAAAAUGAAAUUCUUGCCUCGGAAGAAGCAACAUCCUACUUAAAUACGUCAUCGGUAUCUUCACAGAAGGCCGUCAGAAAGCCAAUGCAAACCGAGACAAACACCAACAGCUCAGUAGCUUUGGUAUUCGCAAAAAGUUUGAAUGUAUUAUCGAAAGAAGUCGCGCAGAAAGUCGAUGAACAUCAUUUGGAACAAUCGAUGCAAUCCAAUGUAGAAAAAGAUAAGAAUAAGAUGAUACGCAGAAGCGUUCUAACGUUGAAUCACGAAACGUUGUAGCAGAUAAACCAGGUAGAUAAAACUUGCUCAUUCUUCCGAGUCACCGAGUUCAUCCGUAAGCCCGGCAGGUGAACAAGUAUCGGGCGUCUUGUGACAGGGCGCACGAUAGGAUCAGCAAUUUGGCUGAUCCUACCGAAAAGAAUAAUCGAAGCAUUUCCUCGAUACGUUUCCGAUAAUCAUCGAUCAAACCCGGGAUUGACGAUGAUUUACAAUCGAUAUUUGUAAUAUUUGAGCAAGUGUAUCCAAUAAAUCAGACAAAUCUAGUAAA